UACAUCCAAGUAUAUGUCACCCAUUCUUCCAUUUCUUAUUUUUGGUUUCAUGGACAUCAUGUGUCAGUGUUCUCUCUUUUAUAUUUCUAUAAAUUCCUCAGCAAAUCAUCGGUGAAUCACCAUCCUUUAAUUCUCUGAGAACAUGAAUAAGCUUUCUUUCUUGUUAUUUUUGCUUCUUGUGGUUUCUUUUGCUUUCGUCAAUGGCGAAAAAUCAAAAGAUGACAAAUCAAAAGACGACAAAUCAAAAGACGACAAAUCAAAAGAUGACAAGUCAAAGCAUGAAGUCGGAAUAUGUGAGCUGAAGAAUGGGAACAUGUCUGUUAAGUUCACCAACUGGGGUGCAUCCGUUAUCUCGAUUAUUCUUCCAGACAAAGAUGGGAAACCAGGUGAUAUUGUUCUUGGAUAUGAUGAUGUGAAAGAGUAUAUGAGCGAUGCUAAUUACUUUGGUUCAGUUCUGGGGCGGGUAGCAAAUCGAAUCGCAGGCGCAAAAUUACCAUUAAAUGGAGCUCAAUUUACACUACCGGCUAAUGAUGGGAAAAACACACUUAACGGUGGCCCUAAAGGAUUCUCUGAUGUUAUCUGGGAAAUGAAGAAGAUUGAGAAAGAUGCUGAAGAUCCCACCAUAGUCUUUGCUUAUCAUAGCAAGGAUGGUGACGAAGGUAAUGAAGAUGAGCAUCGGCAGUCGUUUAAUACUACUGCUCAUGCAGAUGGAUAUGGCUUGCAUGAAUUCGUUCUUGGAACUGUUAGUGUUCCUCCACAAUCAGUUGUUGAUAAAGACGGUAAUCUUGUUCCCAAUCCUGAAUUCUUGUUUCAUAAACAACAGGAUAAGUUGUUAGCCUCUUGGCUGCUAACUACCAUUUGUGAUGAGAUCUUGGUUUAUCUCACUGCUGCUUGA